CGUACUCACAGCUACUUUAUGGAGAUUUUUUUCCCUCUAAGAAAUCGCCACUUCCCUAGAGCUCUUCUCUCUCGAUCAAAAUUAAAACCCUAUCUAAAUUCUAAAGCUUUAAUUCAAACCUCCUCUUCUCUGCCUCUGCAGGAUUCGUUGAUUGAUACAGCGUGUGUUGAUCUAUAUCUUCUCCAAAUCAGGUAUCAUGGCUCUUGCUCAGAAUUACCAAAUACAAAAUGGCCCUUUUCGCAGUUAUGGUAGAAACCAUCUAACUAGCCACAGUUACACUCCUGCUGCAACCAAUUCCUCCAACUACAGUCAGUAUCUCGAUAGCAGUUUUAGGCAUCUAGGAAACCAAGAUAUCUCAAAUGACUUACUUAAAGAUUUCAGGGAGUAUAACUACAAUUAUGAUAGCUAUGUGAAGCCUGAGGUUGAACCUUCUUCAAAGCGAAGAAAGUUUUCAUCUUCUUCAUGGGGAAAUAAUGGGUGGUACAGUCAGCAAACCAAUGCUUGUAAUAUGCUUCCACCAGGACAACAAAGUACACAUAAUAAUGUGCUCCCCAGGAAUCAGAGAGUGUUUGAUAACAUCAGCUCAGGCCACAAUAAUAAUUCAGCCAUUACUACAACUGUUAAUACUAGUAAUGUGCCUUAUUCCAAUGGAUAUACUUCUGCUUCCUUCAAGUGUAAUCAGUCAGAGUUUGAAGGUGACAACAAUGAUGUGGCCUUUAUGUCUAGAGAGGAAAUUGAGAGAUGCUCACCAUCUAGGAAAGAUGGUAUUGAUGUGGUGCUUGAAAUGCAUUUGCGAUAUUCAUAUUGCGCUUUUCUUCAGAGCCUUGGAAUUCGGUUGGAGCUGCCACAAACAACCACUGGGACUUCCAUGGUUUUGUGCCACCGUUUCUUUCUUCGUAGGUCUCAUGCUUGUCAUGAUAGAUUUUUGAUUGCUACUGCUGCUCUCUUCCUAGCUGCAAAGUCAGAAGAGACACCAUGUCCUCUCAACAAUAUUCUAAGAGCAUCAUGUGAAAUUUUCCACAAGCAGGACUUUUCUUAUUUGUCAUAUCUGCUUCCUGCUGACUGGUUUGAGCAAUACCGAGAACGGAUUAUUGAGGCUGAGCAAAUGAUAUUGACAACUUUAAAUUUUGAACUCAAUGUGCUGCAUCCAUAUGAUCCUCUUACAUCCACUCUUGAGAAAUUAGGCUUUUCCCACUCGGUUUUGGUGAAUAUGGCAUUAAACUUGAUCAGUGAAGGGAUUUAUAGAAGGAUUAUCAUGCUCACCCUGUAUGCUAUUGUUAGCCGGAGGUUGAUUCACCAAAUGUUUUGUUUUUCGUCUGAAGUUAACUAGCCUUUUCCUGUGGAUGAUUUUUCAGUCAUGACAACUUAGUAUCAUGUCAUUGGCCCAAUAGAAGAUAGUCAGAUGCUCCAGAAGCAAAUUUUGCUAUGGCAAUUUCUCUUUUUCACUUUAGAUGGAUGAAUCCAUGCUGAAACCAUAUACCUAUUUGUUUGGUGUCCAUAUAGGCCAUUAAACCUGAAAAAGGUGUUUGGUGAGUAUUUUGCUUGAAAAUUUUGGGGCACCUUUAGUGGGCAGCCUUGUCCUGGACUCCAGGGUAUGGUUAGAUGGGAUUAUAUUUUUAAUAUAUCUUCUGGGCCAUAUCUUUUCUCUCAAGUCUCAACUUUACAUUUUGCCCUUAAGCCACAUGAAACAACUUUACUUCCUCUGUGUUUUUUAAAUUUAUUUUUAUUUUAUUUUACAUUUUUUGAGGUGGGGGUGUUCCAAAACGCACAAUUUUAUACCCAAUUUUCUGUCAACAAUCAGCUUCCAUCCUUUUGUUUUUAUUUUAUAUUUGGAGAGAUGUUGGGAGGAUAUGGCAGAAGGUUGGAAGUGAAAAUGUUAAUUUAGUUUGUUUUUGAGAUUUGAGGUGAUCUUUGGAACGAUAGUGAUUCUUCAAGAUGUAAUUCAUUGAUGCUGCAUUUUAUUUUUGAAGAUCUUGAUUUGUUACUUGAUGUCUGGUUCUUCUAACAAGUGUGAAUACAACAAGGCUAAGGAAUUCAUUAAAAAUUUAUUGGUGAUGAAUGAUGAGUGAUGCUUUCCUUUUCCUGAAAUGCUAUCAGAUCAUAAAACUUCUCUCCUGUCCUAUUCUAACAUCCUUAGUCCACAAUGAGUUGCCCUUGUUUCUUGUUGGGUAGUUUUCCAAUUCCUUGGUUAUUUCAAGUUCUAAGUCUUCUGUCUCACCAAAAACAAUGCAAGGCUUCCCUUGUUCUUCACUUCUUCUUACCCUCUUUACUUCUGGAAUGUAUAAAUCCUCCACCACCUGCACAAUGGAAUUAAAGAAACUGAAAACAUAGAGUCCUCUUUAUAUGAUUGUUAAGAUUGUCUAUGUCUACGUCCUAGCAAAUUUGGGAGACAAUACAUCUUGCAAUGUAUCUGUUUUGAUGUCUAAAAGCAGAUUUGCAAUAUGGUUUAAGCUCAUAACUCACAAUCCAUUGAGGAUUCAUAUUCUGGCUCAGGUGUAGGUCCACUGGCUGUCUGGCAGGCUUUUGAUACUCUGGAUGCUUGAGAAUGCUCGACUGCGAAUAGUCAUCUUUUAUCUGGGUCAUGAUAAGUUAUGUGAUUGCCGAAUUUUGAUCAACUAUUACAGUGUGGCUUUGGCCUUUGGGUGGGAAUAUGCUCCUAGUUCAAUAGGCUUGUGACUGGCCUCUCGUGUGUCUUAGAUGAAUUAGGAUUCGUCAAGCAAGGAUUUUUCAGAGGUGUAGAGUAUAUUGUAAUUGGCAGAUAUAUUUUUUUUUUCAGUUUGCACAGUAGUCUGCAUUGUAACUUUGGUUAUAUGAGCAGUACUCCAAAUUUUCAUGUACAUUUGGAUGAAGGUAUUGCAAGUUGGGAUGUUCCUGUGUUUGAAUAGAAGAUGGUUCACUUCGGGCUGGUCAAUAUACCAUCUUUGCUUCUAUUCUUGAAAUGUGUAUCUGUUGUUGAUAUACUGCUUCAAUGGAGUGGAAACUCAGAGUUGAUGCUCUCUCUCUCUCUCUCUCUCUGUCUUCAUGUUUAUAACGUGUUUGCUAGAUUUUUGGUACUAUACCUACAUUCUACAGAAGAUUCUUGGGUUUAUCCAACUCGGUUGCCUCAUUUUUAGUUGGUAAGGGAAAUUGUUUUGGUAUGAUUGUUAGUUUUCUUACUUGACACUUUAAUGUUGUUUAUUGGUUUGAUCAUUCACAUUUUUGUAUUUUUCUUAUGUGAACAAAUAUUUAUUUACCAAAUAAUGCUCUGAACAUUAUGGUUCUUUAUUGUUAUUGAAUGUGGCAGACAUAGACUCAAAUGCAAGUGCCCUACUGUUUCUCCAAA